GGGCCGGGCCGCCGGGUCGCAGAGUUGGCCGGCCUGUUGUGUAAGCCUCAGUCCUUGUUUUCCCGGCCUGGCUUGUUGUGAAGCCGGACACAUCCACCCCUGGAUUCGACUCAGGAGGCUGCCGCUUUUCUCCUUGCCCCUCUUGGAUUUUCUGGAUUUUUGAAAACCCAGUGGCCCAGGAAGAGGAGGAGGAAGGAGGAAGGAGAUCUGCAGAGGAAUGUGAGAGCCUCCAGAGGCCCAGGCUGGAGGAGCCAGAAGGAGCUGGGAGCCAGAGCUGCUGGAGUUUCUGGGACGGUGGUUUCCGAGUGAUUCUCUUCUAUUUUAGAACAUUGUUUCAGCGGAGAGUGUCCAAUUUUGCCUGCUCAGGGCUGGUUUUCUCCUAGUCACUUGACUUUUCUUCUAGGAGUGGGAGGAGGAGAGACUCUCCCGUGCAGGGACUGCGGAAGGAAGGGAGGAAGACCAGGGACAUGAGCCCUCCCCGCUCACAGGCAUGUGCCGGCAGACCUGGUAGGGCCGAUUCUGGGCCGUGGACAUUGCUUUGAAGAGAGGGAGGCUGGAUACCUUCUGUGGGUGCUCAGACCCCGCAGUAAGGACUGAGACUGAGGGCUGUGGCCGGCCUUGAGCUGCUCGUGCAUCCUCAGACACCCUAACAAGUGUCCUCAGUUCUGGACAGGACUCUCUCCUCAUCGUUCUCUACCACCGGCCCAGACAUGGCACUCAAAGGGCGAGCCCUCUAUGACUUCCGCAGCGAGAACAAGGAGGAGAUCAGCAUCUGGCAGGACGAGGACCUGGUCAUCUUCAGCGAGACCUCGCUGGAUGGCUGGCUGCAGGGCCAGAACAGCCGUGGGGAGACCGGGCUCUUCCCUGCCUCUUAUGUGGAGAUCCUCCGUUCUGACACUGGCUCCAACCAUGCCGACUACUCCGGCAGCCCCGCAGGCUCUCUGGGCACCCAGGUGAGCUUGUAUGACAGCUCCAACACUUCCAGGAGUGGUGGCUUCCUGUCAAACCAGGGUAGUUUAGAGGAGGAUGAUGACGAUGACUGGGAUGACUGGGAUGAUGGAUGCACGGUGGUGGAGGAGCCACGGGCUGGUGGGCUGGGCACCAACGGGCACCCUCCGCUCAACCUCUCCUACCCUGGUGCCUAUCCCAGCCAACACAUGGCCUUCCGGCCCAAGCCGCUGCUGGAGCGGCAGGACAGCCUGGCAUCUGCCAAGCGAGGCAGCGUGGUGGGGCGCAACCUCAACCGCUUCUCCUGCUUCGUGCGCUCUGGUGUGGAGGCCUUCAUCCUGGGCGAUGUGCCCAUGAUGGCCAAGAUCGCUGAGACAUACUCCAUUGAAAUGGGCCCUCGUGGCCCCCAGUGGAAGGCCAACCCCCACCCAUUUUCCUGCUCCGUGGAGGACCCCACCAAACAGACCAAAUUCAAGGGCAUCAAAAGCUACAUCUCCUACAAGCUCACACCCACUCACGCCAGCUCACCUGUCUACCGGCGCUACAAACACUUCGACUGGCUCUACAACCGCUUGUUGCACAAAUUCACUGUCAUUUCAGUGCCUCACCUCCCGGAGAAGCAGGCCACAGGUCGCUUUGAGGAGGACUUCAUUGAGAAGCGGAAGCGGCGGCUUAUCCUCUGGAUGGACCACAUGACCAGCCACCCUGUGCUGUCCCAGUAUGAGGGUUUCCAGCAUUUCCUCAGCUGCCUGGAUGACAAGCAGUGGAAGAUGGGCAAACGCCGGGCCGAGAAGGACGAGAUGGUGGGCGCCAGCUUCCUGCUCACCUUUCAGAUCCCCACGGAGCACCAGGACCUGCAGGACGUGGAGGACCGCGUAGACACCUUCAAAGCUUUCAGCAAGAAAAUGGACGACAGCGUCCUGCAGCUCAGCACAGUGGCCUCAGAGCUGGUGCGCAAGCAUGUGGGGGGCUUCCGCAAGGAAUUCCAGAAGCUGGGCAAUGCCUUCCAGGCCAUCAGCCACGCCUUCCAGAUGGACCCCCCCUUCAGCUCUGAGGCCCUCAACAGCGCCAUUUCUCACACGGGCCGAACCUAUGAAAUGGUUGGUGAGAUGUUCGCUGAGCAGCCCAAGAAUGACCUCUUCCGGAUGCUCGAUACACUGUCUCUCUACCAGGGCCUGCUCUCCAACUUCCCUGACAUCAUCCACCUGCAGAAAGGCGCCUUCGCCAAGGUGAAGGAGAGCCAGCGCAUGAGUGACGAGGGCCGCAUGGCGCAGGAGGAGGCUGACGGCAUCCGCCGGCGCUGCCGCGUGGUGGGCUUUGCCCUGCAGGCCGAGAUGAACCACUUCCACCAGCGCCGCGAGCUCGACUUCAAGCACAUGAUGCAGAACUACCUGCGCCAGCAGAUCCUGUUCUACCAGCGGGUCGGCCAGCAGCUGGAGAAGACGCUGCGCAUGUAUGACAGCCUCUGACCGUGUGGCCCCGCCCCCGGGGCCUUCCCAUGCCAGCAGUGCCUGGAGGGCGGGGAGUUGGGGGUGGCCUUUGGAGGAGUCAUGAAUAUCCCUGGGAAAGUCCCCCACCCCUUAGAGUUGGGGGCACAGCGGGGAUGAGAACAGGGCCAGGAGCCCUCCAGGCCCAGGCCUGGGCUGCUGGUCAGUCACUUGAGGCCAGGCUGGGGUCUUAGCUUCCCCUGGAGCCUUUAGCGCAUGCCCACCUGGCCACUUCCCCCUCAUUUGUUCGGUAGACACGCGGGCCUGCUGUGGCCCCAGGUCAGACACUGGGCAUCCAGGGCUGCGACACGCCUGCUCUUGUCCCCAGUUGAAGUGGGGGGUCAGACACAGAAGCAGGCGGGGGCAAUACAGUAUGAUCGAUGGUAAGGAAGGGGCUUCUGGAAGCUCGUGGAAGGGACCACUCGUUCUGCCGGUCAGGGAUGACUCCAUGGAGCAGGUGACGUGGGAGCAGUGUGUCUUGAAAGAUGACAAGAACCUGCCAGACAGUAAGUGGGGACAGUGGACGGGGAAGGCAUUCAGAGAAGAACAGCCUGGACAAAGCUGUGGAGGCAUAGAAACACCUCUUCUCCUCUCCUUUAUCUUUUCCCAGCAAGUUUGGUGCCCCCUUGGUGUGUCCCCUUGUGUGACAGAGGGUGGGGAUCUGCCUGGCUCCCAUGCCCCUGUCCCUGCCCUGCUCCCCGCCACCCCGCAGCAGGGGCUGCAGGCCAGCUCCCUCCUGACUCCCCCUUCACCAGCUGAGCCCCCUCACUCCCUGGCUAGGGACCACGCAGCAUCUUUGCCCUGAGCUCAAGGUGCUGUGACAAGCCACAGACCGCAGGAUUUUGGUGGUACCUGCCUGGAGGGCACACCCACAAGUUACUGGGUAUUUGAGUUCACCAGCUGUAGCUCUCACACUCCGGGCAGGCUUGGAUCUCCGGCUCCCAGGGGCCAGCUUACUCAUCGCCCCAGGGAUCCUGGGCCCACCUGCCCAUCACCAGGCUCACUGUGAUGCCAUCCAGGUCCUGGUGGGAUUGUGCUGUCUCCCACUCAUGUUUACAUCCUCAAGGGAGCUCUUCCCACACCCCCAGGCCGGGGUAUGGUCAGAAACUGACAGACGCCACUGCUGGCCCUCCCGGGAGGUCAUGGCUAUUUCUGGCUGCUGCUGCUUCAAUCUUCAUUCUUUCUUGUUUUCUUGAUAAACCUUUUCCAAUUACGAUAACAAAA